ACAUCAAAGGUUCCUUUUGUCCCCUUCCGAGUGGCAGGACAGCCCAGCCGCUGGCGAUGACUCAGGCCUGGCCCUGACGUCACCCACGCCUGGCCACUGGCCUCCCUCUGCAGCCAGGAAGCCGGCUGGGGAGUGGCACUCGCAGCUGCAGCAGUUCUCAAAAUAAGGAGGCCCCUGCCUCUCGCCUCUCCAUCUCCCCACAGCACACCUUUCUUUUCUUUUCUUUUUUUUUUUUUUUUUUUUUUUUUUUGCUUUUUGUGUGUGCUUCAUGGAAGGUUUUACUUGUAGAUCAACUUUCAAAAUGUAAGAAGUCAGCAUGGGUGACAUUAUCAGAAAAAUAUGUGGUGCUGAUCUCGACGAGAAGUGAAGAAGUGGAGAGAGCGGUUUUAACUCCUGAGCCCAGGGAGUUGGCAGCAUCUGGGUUUCAGAGGAGCCAGCACCUCCGAGUUGUCUUGGAGUGACCUUCUUCUGAACUACUGUUCUUCUGGCUACAAGAUCUAAAUACUGUGACCACUAAUUUGUUGAACCAAGACUCUGAGGCUGAUAUGCAAUGUCACUUACAACAUUAAUCAGAUACUGCAUUUAAGAUCUUGAUGUGGAGGAGAUGGAGGACUCAGAACCAAGAAUUUCCAAGUGAUUUCUUCCAAAGCACGAAAAACUAACUCUGUUAAGGCUGUUCUGUUCUAACUGAGAUGACAGUCAUGUCCCUUUCCAGGGACCUCAAGGACGACUUUCACAGUGACACAGUGCUCUCCAUCUUGAAUGAGCAGCGCAUUAGGGGCAUUUUAUGUGAUGUCACUAUCAUCGUGGAAGACACCAAAUUUAAAGCCCACAGUAAUGUCCUGGCUGCUUCAAGCCUGUAUUUCAAAAAUAUCUUUUGGAGCCAUACAAUCUGUAUUUCCAGCCAUGUCCUGGAACUGGAUGAUCUCAAAGCUGAAGUGUUUACAGAAAUCCUUAAUUAUAUCUACAGCUCCACAGUUGUCGUCAAGAGACAGGAAACGGUCACUGAUCUUGCAGCUGCAGGAAAGAAGCUGGGAAUAUCCUUUUUGGAAGAUCUCACCGAUCGCAACUUCUCCAAUUCCCCAGGUCCCUAUGUAUUCUGCAUUACUGAAAAGGGAGUGGUCAAAGAAGAAAAAAAUGAAAAAAGGCACGAAGAACCAGCCAUCACUAAUGGGCCAAGGAUCACAAAUGCAUUUUCCAUCAUUGAAACGGAAAAUAGUAAUAAUAUGUUUUCUCCGCUGGACUUGAGGGCAAGCUUCAAAAAGGUCUCUGAUUCCAUGAGAACCUCAAGCCUCUGCCUAGAGCGGACAGACGUCUGCCAUGAGGCGGAGCCCGUCCGGACCCUCGCAGAACACUCCUAUGCUGUCUCUUCGGUGACCGAGGCUUACAGAAGUCAGCCAGUGCGUGAGCAGGACAGCAGUACACCUGCUAAAACAGGGAAAGAAAAUUGUGAAACUCUUGCAGCAAAACCGAAAACAUGCCGAAAGCCAAAGACACUCUCCGCUCCCCAGGAUUCUGAUUCAAGUGCAGAAAAUAUACCACCUCCUCCAGUAACCAACUUAGAGACUAAUCAAGAGAAAAGUCCCGAGCCAGCUGCAGACCUUUCUUGUUCCAGACCUCCCAACAAUGAAGGGGAGGUCCAUCUUCCCAGGGAAGAUGAAAAUAAGUCCUCCGACUCCCCCGGGCCACCAGCUGUGGAGGUUCCUCCUCUCGUUUACAACUGUAGCUGUUGUUCUAAAUCCUUUGACAGUAGUGCUUUGCUCAAUGCUCACAUGCAGCUUCACAAGCCAACACAGGAGCCGUUGGUGUGCAAGUACUGCAACAAACAAUUCAGCACCCUGAACAGGUUGGAUCGUCACGAGCAGAUCUGUAUGAGGUCAAGUCACAUGCCCAUUCCAGGAGGAAAUCAGCGCUUUUUGGAAAACUAUCCUACCAUUGGACAGAAUGGAGGUGCAUUCACCAGUCCAGAGUCUUUAUUAUCUGAAAAUAGGAUUGGUGAAUUUUCCAGUACCGGAAGUAUCUUGCCAGAAACAGACCACAUGGUUAAAUUUGUUAAUGGGCAGAUGCUCUACAGUUGUGUUGUAUGCAAACGUAGUUACGUGACUUUGUCCAGCCUCCGAAGACAUGCAAAUGUCCACUCAUGGAGAAGAACAUAUCCUUGCCAUUAUUGCAACAAAGUAUUUGCGUUGGCUGAAUACAGGACAAGACAUGAAAUUUGGCAUACGGGAGAAAGGCGGUAUCAGUGCAUUUUCUGCCUUGAGACUUUCAUGACCUAUUAUAUACUCAAAAACCAUCAGAAGUCUUUCCAUGCCAUAGAUCAUAGACUUUCCAUCAGUAAAAAAACGGCAAAUGGAGGCUUGAAGCCUAGUGUCUAUCCAUAUAAACUAUAUAGGCUUCUGCCAAUGAAAUGCAAGAGGGCACCUUAUAAGAGCUAUCGAAAUUCUUCUUAUGAAAAUGCUCGAGAAAACGGUCAGAUGAGCGAGUCUGCUCCUGGUACCUAUGUUAUUCAGACUCCUCGCAGCUCUGAGUUACCAACACUGAAUUUCCAAGACAGUGUGAGCACACUGACCAACAGUCCAGCCAUCCCAUUGGAAACCUCUGCCUGUCAGGACAUACCCACUCCUGCCAAUGUACCAAACGCAGAAGGUACCAAAUGGGGAGAAGAGACACUGAAAAUGGAUCUUGACAAUAACUUUUAUUCAACUGAGGUGUCUGUUGCUUCCACUGAAAACGCUGUCAGUUCUGACCUCCCGGCAGGAGAUGUGCCUGCUUUGUCUUUGGGUAACGGCGGUGAGAACUCUGCCUCUGUGAUCAGUUACAGUGGCUCAGCACCCUCGGUCAUCGUGCACAGUAGCCAGUUUUCAUCCGUGAUAAUGCACAGCAACACUGUCGCUGCCAUGACCAGCAGCAACCACAGAGCCCCCGCAGAGCCGACUGUCAGUCCACCCCUGAAAGAUGACAGCAAACCUGAGCCAGACAAAGUAGGUCGAGUAGUGAGCAGACCCAAAGGCAUUAAGGAGAAAAAGAAAACCACACCAAGUAACAGGGGAGAGACACCAGAGGAGUCGAAAUACGUUGCUGAUCCUGGAGGGUCGUUGAGCAAAAGUACAAAUACUGUUAAAGAAACUAGUAAAAUUGAAACCUACAUUGCAAAGCCAGCUCUGCCCGGAACCUCCACAAAUAGCAACGUCGCGCCCCUUUGCCAAAUAACUGUGAAGAUCGGGAAUGAAGCCAUUGUGAAAAGGCAUAUCCUGGGCUCUAAAUUGUUCUAUAAGAGAGGGAGGAGACCCAAGUAUCAAGUGCAGGAGGAGACUGUGCCACAAGAGAGCGACCUGGAAACCCACAGAGACAGCCCGCUUGGGCUCUGCCAAUCUGAAUGUGUGGAGAUGAGCGAAAUGUUCGAUGAGGCAAGUGACCAGGAUUCCAGUGACAAGCCCUGGCGCCCUUAUUAUAACUACAAACCCAAAAAGAAAUCCAGACAGUUGAGAAAAAUGAGGAAAGUCAACUGGAGGAAAGAACACGAAAGUAAGAGCCGGGACAGUAAGUGUAAAUACCCGGCAGAACUGGACUGCGCUGUGGGGAAGGCCCCUCAGGAGAAGGCCUUUGAGGAAGAAGAAAACAAAGAGAUGCCCAAGUUGCAGUGUGAACUGUGCGAUGGAGAAAAGGCCUCAGGGGCCGGGAGCCAAGGAAGGCCCCACCGGCAUCUCACUGCCAGGCCAUACGCGUGUGAGCUCUGCGCCAAGCAGUUCCAGAGCCCCUCCACGCUCAAGAUGCACAUGAGGUGCCACACUGGCGAGAAGCCAUACCAGUGCAAGACCUGCGGGCGGUGCUUUUCUGUGCAAGGAAACUUACAGAAACACGAACGCAUCCACCUGGGUGUGAAGGAGUUCAUCUGUCAGUAUUGCAACAAGGCGUUCACCUUGAAUGAGACCCUCAAAAUCCACGAGAGAAUCCACACUGGCGAAAAGCGUUACCACUGUCAGUUCUGCUUUCAGAGUUUUUUAUAUCUCUCCACGAAAAGGAAUCAUGAGCAGAGACAUAUUCGGGAGCAUAAUGGGAAGGGCUACGCCUGCUUCCAGUGCCCCAAAAUUUGCAAAACAGCUGCUGCCCUUGGAAUGCACCAGAAGAAACACUUAUUCAAAAGCCCAACUCAGCGGGAGAAAACAGAAGGUGAAAUGUGCCACGAAAACUCGAGUCCCCAGGAGAAUCCACAUUUCAUUGAUUCAGAAGACAAUGACCAAAAGGAUAAUGUACAAACCAUUGUUGAAAAUGUGCGUUGAGUGGUGAGACUUAGAAAAAUCUUCAAAAAAUAGAAGUUGGUGGGUUUGGUUUGGGUUUUUUGUUGUUGUUUUGUUUUCUUUUGUUUUUAGUUUAGUUUUGUUCACAUUAAGUCAUGAAGGAGUGAAAUGUAAAAAGAAAAUUUCAUUUGUGAAAGUUCCAGAAAAAAAAAAAUCCUAAUAUCUACUUUGGGGUGUAGCAUUAAUUUCAUUAAUGUAAAGUGCACAAAAACAAAAUGGCUGAAUCUUCCAUUAUCCCAAGUAUCUUGUGAAAGUUUAUGAAGUUCUUAGCUGUGGUAUUUCUGCCAGUGAAAAAAGUUUAAUUUUUGUCUAAUUUAAAACUUUCUAGUAAGUGCUAAUAGGAACUGGCUGCUGAACUGUCUUUAGUCACUGGAGAAAAUAAGGGUCAGAUAUCAUGAAAAUGUCAUCUUCAUAAAUAUGUUAAAAGGUAAAUGAGCUAUGAUAGUCAUUAUACCCAUCCAGCUCUGCACUAUUAAAAUUGUUUCAAUUAAUGGAUACAUAUGAAAUACUUAAUAUAGCUGAAAAUAUGUGUGAAAUGAGUAACCUAAGUAGGAUAUCCAUGCGUUAUCUAGAACUACUUUUCUGCAACACAGACCUUGUAAAAUACAUAUAUAAAUCACUAUAACUUUUAACUGUCCAUUUCCCCUGUAGAGAAGUUUAAUGAUGAGCAAUAGAUCUGCAAAUAAGAAGGACUGAUGUAAAAAUCAGUAGAAAACAUUUUGAAUAUGACUUAAGAGCAUGUGUACCCUCGUAGAUGGAAUGCUGUUCUCUUGAAGUUAUGGCUGAGUUGUUGUUAUAACUGAUCUACUCAAGUCACUGAAAACCUAGGUCAUGCCUUAUCUAUGGGGAAAGCCUUCCCAGAAUUUACCUGUGAUUUCCUGUGUGUGUAUUACUUUAUAAUGACCUCCCCUUUGAAAAUGAAGACAGGUCAAAUUCUUCUGAAGCUCCCUGCAGUCUUCUUCCAUCCAUCCCAAGGCUGUGGAUGUGGAGGUCUAGUCCAGACAGACUUAACCAGGCUAGGCUUCAAGUGAAACCUAGCCUCCCAUUCCGCUAAAGGAGUAUCCAGGAAAUUUAGUGUAAGGCACGCACAUAGAGGUAAAUUCCAAGGGACUUGAAAGUGAGAGAAAGCCUAAUCCCUACAAUUGUUAACCUUCUUGGAGAUGACGCAGCCCACGAGUACAUACUAGUACAAAAGAAGAAGGCCACAGAAGCACCCCCAACCCUGCCUUUUAAUGGUUUGAAUGGGCAAGAGGAACGAUGUUAUUCCUUGCUUUGUUUUGGGGGCAUCAGGACAUAGAAUAUAGAAUGACAAGGCUUUAGCCCUUACAUUUGGGGCUCAGAAACAUAUCCACAAAGCCUUGUCUUCAUGUUUGCAGACAUCUAGCUCCCUUGCUAAAACCCACUUAAGUUUUUUAAUGUCCUUUUACACUGACCCACACUGUCAACAUUGCCCUCAGAGUCUAAUUGUCCUGUAGGAUAUUCUAUCACGUGAACUAGGUUCCUGGGAACUCAUGGUUCUUUUUAAACUGUCAGAAUAGGCAGGAGAGAGAAAACAGUCCUGCCCUUUGAUCACUGGCAUGGGCAGAAUCCAGAACCAGUUUAAAGAUGAGCUGCCAUCAUUAAUAUUUAUGAGAUUUGAUAGAUGGAAACCCAAGGUUAUCCAUGGUUGCUAGGUUAUCGUUAUGAAGAAGUAGCUCAAAGAACUCCAGUUUCUCUCUCCAAGUGUGGCGAUGUCUCCAUAAAGAAGACUUAAUAUGAAUUUGGGUGGGCAAGAAAGCAUUUAAAUGUUCAGAAAAGGACUUGAUUAAAGCUGACCUUUUUAUACUGUAGUACUUUGCUGUUAAAUAACCCCAAUAUGUAUCUGCAUUUAUCUUUUGUUCAUCUACUUUUACUUACAGUAUUAUAUAAUAGAGGAAAAUGGGGACAUGCAAGCAAAUUCAACUUUAUUUUAUACAUUGUAUAUAUGUAUACCUGCACUAUUCAUUUGAGUUUUGUUAAAGAGAUAGUCACCAAGGGCUUACGAAGACCAUUUUUGAAUUGAUAAUUAAGAUCUUGACUAAACAAUCCUGUGAUCUACUAAUUUGUUUAUCUCAAUUAGAAUUACAAAUCAAGGAGAAUUUAUUGUGUAUUUUAGUCAUGUUUGAUUUGGGGGAACUUCAGAUAUAAAAUUAUUACAUGUAGUGAUGUCUCCCAGCCCUUACAUGUGGAUAUUUUUUAAGUGGACUUGUAUGCUGAUAAUUCUAGACCAAAGUAAAUAUGGCAGAAUAUUUAUACAUGAAAAAAUAAUUUUGCAAAUAUUUUCUAUAAUUGUAUCAUUCGUUUAAAAUGUUGAUAGCUUGUGUUAGUUUCAGGGAGGGGUGUAUAUUUUGAUAAAAAAAAUACUUGACUUUGUAAUUCUGUAUAUUCUAUACAAUUUAUAGCAGAGCCGUUUUAAGACAGCCUUGUCACACUUUUUGUUAAUUGUGAAAAUUUUAUUAUGAGUGAUGUUUAAGUAUGCAUUGAGUACAUAAUGACCAACUAGAAUUCAAGUAAGUGUAAGCAGUGAACAUACUGUAUGCUGUACAAGAUACAUUGUAAUUUGCUGUUUUAGCAUCUGUAUUUUGGUUAGAAGAUAUUAUUAAAUGCAGAUGUUAAGGGUUGGAAAGUCUAAUUUUAUUUUUAGAAAUAAUGACUAUAAAUUUGUUUUUGCUUGAUUAAAAUAGCUUAUUCCUAUGUAAAGUCUCUUUUUAAAUGUUUUAAUGUUAAUUCUUUUGUGCAGCCAAGCAGCUAUUCCAGCUGUGUGAGUCACAUCAUUGUUUCACAUAUUAUUCGUUCGGUGUGUUUCUAUUUCUUGUUGCAUUCCAUGGUAUCUACUUAUGUUCUUAGGGCUCAAAUGGAAUAUGAUAUUGAAAAAAACAAAAGCAGCGAUUAACAUGUUCU